ACCGAUGCGGGCUCGCACUCCUCCCGGCGAAGGCGUUCCAAGAUCUCGCCGGCGGCGCUGCUGAAAAAGGUGGAUGAGAGAACCGAGUGGUGGGUGGUGGACGGAGAAAUGCACGAGAUCGGCGAAAACGUGCCUCCCAGAGAGCGCUUCGUAAUCCCUAGGGAUAACAUCCCCAAUAAGCGCCGCAAACAACUCCGGGAACAGUUCAUGCGCCGCACGCGCCUCGUCCUCAAAGAAUCCGAGCAUGAACCAUGGUGCAAAAGGUAUAUGGAGCUAUAUAAUGAGUUGAGAGAAAAUUGGGAGAGAUUGUACUGGGAUGAAGGUUAUUCUAAGAAGCUUGGUCAAGACCAUGCAAACUAUGAUUCUGCUGAAGAUGAUGAUGAAGACUUCUCUCCUUAUAGGAGAAGCAAAUCUUAUACAGAACAAAUAAAGGAUCAGGGUUUGGUUAGAAAUAGGCAAGAUGAUAAUUGGGACAAGGUUCGUUUGAUCCGUGACAAGUUUGAGUUUGACAGGGAAAGAAGAACGAGAGAAAGAGCAUUUGCCCCGCUGAAUGAAGCAAUCAAUGUUGGUAAGGAUCACGUAACGUCUUCAAAGAAUUCGCCCUUUGACGCCCGGAAAUACAUUUCCGAUAGUGAUAGUGAUAGUGGCAGUGACUGAGCAACAGACCGACCGGUCAAGGAUUAUAGUUUUAACUGGCUUAGAGGUGAAAGAUGGGAAUGGUUGUGUGUGUGUUUUUUGUAGCAGAAGGCAUAUUAUUAUUAUUAUUAUUAUUAUCAUAACUGGCCAUUGUAUUGUAGUCAUACACUGAUUAAAUGCGAACACCAUGG